ACCGGCCGCCAGUGCUGCGUGCAGUGCGUGCACUGCGUGCCACCGCGUGCCACUAGUGUAGUGUCGAGGGCGAAGAAAAGUGAAGUGAAGUGGAGUGGAGUGGAGUGGAGUGGAGUGGAGUGGAGUGGAGUAGAGGCGCUGUCCGGGCGAACUGGAUUAGCCGCUGUUUCCCGCGCUUUCCGCCCAGCCGCUGGUGCUUCCCCGCGCACCCCGCCAGCCCCGCCGCGUUUCGAGUCUCCAGGUUGUCGGAGAGCGGUACCAGCGGCACAAGGAUCGCCGCCGUCCAGUUCCCAGCAAGAUGGUGCGAUAGAUCGCGACCGGGGCGCCUCCAUGCCGCCUGCACUGCGAGGCGCGGUGGCCGUGCUGGCCGUGUGCCUGCUCGCCCUGCAGCCCUGCGAGCCGGCCAAGCCGGAGCGAUGUCUCAAGCACAUCAGCGAGGUGAGCCCGCCGCGGUUCCUGCUGGUGGGCGGCGAGCCGACGGACAUCCGCCUGGAGACGUCGCGGCGCCGCCUCACGCACCGCCUCAUCACGCACGUGUUCCGCACCUUCCUGGUCGAGGUGCUGGGCUACGACGCCGUCAACAUCGUGCACUUGGCGGACAGCAGCUUCAACACGUCGCGCGUCGUGAGCCGCAUCGGCGGCAGCGACGGCGCCGACUCGAGGUCGCCCCGCAGCAUGGUGAACCUGGAGGUGUGGACGGGCCCGGAUGACAACCUGGCCCAGUGGUGGUCCGAGCACUCGAUGAAUGUCCUGGAGGCCGGUCCCGUGACCUCGCCCGGCCGAUUCGCUUGGUUCAUUCCCCGCACCGGCAACGAACCCAGCGACGCCAGCUGGAGACUGUUCACUGUGCCUGGAGACGCUGAGACCUACUCUGUCAGCAGAGACGACUACGAGCACUUUAAGAUUGACAGGCUGACGAGAGGCGAUGCGGGAUUCUACUGCAGUGAAACUUUUUGCAAAAAUGGGCGCUAUGUUCCAAACCGCUGCCAGGGAACAAGUUGUGCCACUCUUUUUGCAAGCUAUGCUGAUAUGACAGAUUUUGUGGUACAGCACAUUGAAGAGUUGCAAUUGUAUGUGGAAGUGAUUUGGGUGGGCCCAAACCUGGCAAACAUUACAAAUGAGUUGACAAGAAAAUACAGAUCUUAUAGGGCCAACAAAAAAGUUGUGCUCAUAAGCUGGGCACCAUCAGAGCUGGCCAUUCCCGGAGACAGGCAGUAUUCUGUCGUUACAUUUCCACCUUGUGAAGAUAUGCAGUCUUCUAAAGCUGUCGGGUGCAAAUAUGAUUUGCAACGUCUUCUAAAAUUAGCGUGGAACAAGUUGAAAGAAUCUGCGCUUCCUGCAUAUGAGUCUAUUCGAAAGGUGCAGUUUGACCAUUCAGACUACCAGGAUCUAAUGGAACGGAGCAGGCUAGCAGGACCAGACAGUGAUGCUGAGGUAGCUUGUGGGUGGCUUAAAGACAAUGAACAUAAAUGGCAGGACUGGGUUUGGCGUGAUGACGACAAGGGAAUCCUUUAUAUUGGCGGCAUAUUUCCCUUGAGCGGAACAUCAUACUCAGCUAAAGCAAUUGUAAUAGCUGCUCGAAUGGCAAGGGAGGCAAUCAACAAGAACAAUAAUAUCCUCAGAGAUUACAAACUGAAACUGCUGGUAGCUGAUGGGCAGUGCCGUGCUGAUGUUGUUAUGAAAACAUUCAUUGACUAUAUUUACCUCGACAUGUAUCCUAAACUUGUUGGAGUUUUAGGCCCAGCCUGUUCGGAUUCAGUUGAACCUUUAGCUGGAGUGUCCAAGUUAUACCGUACUGUUGUAAUAAGCUACAGUGCUGAAGGAUCAAGUUUUUCUGACCGAAGUAAAUAUCCAUACUUUUAUCGUACUAUUGGGGAGAACAACCAAUACAAACAUGUCUAUCUUCAACUUUUUAAACAAAUCGGUUGGUCACAAGUUGCAUCAUUGACUGAAGAUGGACAAAGAUACACAGAGUACUUGUCACAUUUGCAAGAUUUGAUGCAAACUCAUGGAAUCCAAUACAUUGCCAAUCGAAAAUUCCCACGGAAUCGUGACAGCACAGCCAUGCCAAAGUACCUGAAGGAGCUGAAGAGUAAAAAUGCCCGAAUCCUGAUAGGUGAUGUCAAUGAUGAUGCUGCUCGAUCGCUUAUGUGUGCUGCUUAUCACCUGGAAAUGACAUCCAAGCAAGGAUAUGUAUGGUUUUUACCGUUGUGGCUUUCCCCUCGCUGGUACGACAUUAGCUCUUUUACUAACAGCAGUGAACCAGUCAAUUGCAGCACAUCACAAAUGAUUGAGGCCAUCAAUGGGCAUCUGGCCCUAACCCACACCUACUAUGCUGGUGACAAUGAAACUAUGCAAGAAAAUAUGUCAGUAGGAAAGUGGAAAGAGAAGUACAAAGAGGAAUGUGUUAAGAACAAAGUUGAAACACACAAUUAUGGAGGCUUUGCAUAUGAUGCAGUUUGGACCUACGCACUCGCUCUUGACAGUCUCAUGAGGGAAAAUCAAUCUCAUCUAGUAACUUUGCACAAUGAAACCACCACAAAACGAUAUGUAGAACUCAUCAGUGCGACAGACUUUAAUGGUGUGUCUGGUCGCAUUAAUUUCAAGAGUGGACCAUCAAGAUCUUCAGUGAUACAAGUAAAUCAAUGGCUAAACGGCAAAACCUACCGUGUGGGAACAUUCUUCCCAAAUUCAACAGCACCUGAAGGAGUUGGGAGAUUGGAGUUGAACCAAUCAGCCAUAGUCUGGCUGACACCGGAUGGCUCAGUCCCAUGGGAUGGAAAAGAAGCCUCCCCACAAUGUGUACUUGCUGGAUUAGCAUAUGCAUUAAAUGUUAGCUGUGAAAUUGCCAUUGUCAUUGCAAAUAUAACCGGAUUUGGGCUCUUGGGCGCACUCUUGCUUGUUGCAUUCAUCAUUGUAAAAAGAAGAUAUGACCAAAAAGUGCAAAUGACACAGAAGAUCAUGGCUUCUCUUGGUAUUGAUCUUCUACCAUCAAACAUAUCAUGUCUGGAUAAGUGGGAAAUUCCAAGGGAGUUUGUUGUUGUUAAUCGAAAAUUGGGAGAGGGAGCUUUUGGUACGGUUUAUGGAGGAGAAACAAAAAUUGAUGACAAAGGAUGGGUGGCAGUUGCAGUGAAAACUUUAAAAAUCGGUUCCUCAAUGGAAGAAAAGCUUGACUUUUUAAGUGAGGCAGAGGUAAUGAAACGCCUUGACCACAAGAAUAUUGUAAAACUAAUAGGAGUUUGUACAAAAAAUGAGCCAGUUUACACAGUGAUGGAAUUUAUGCUGUAUGGUGAUUUAAAAACAUACCUUCUUGGUCGUCGACAUUUGGUAUAUGAUAAGGUUUCUGAAGAAUCAGAUGAGGUGUCUAACAAGCGUCUCACUUCAAUGGCAAUGGAUGUUGCCCGUGCCCUCAGUUAUUUGGCUGAGCUAAAAUAUGUUCAUCGUGAUGUGGCAUCCAGAAACUGUCUUGUAAAUGUGUCUCGCGUUGUCAAACUGGGUGAUUUUGGCUUGACUCGACCAAUGUUUGAAAAUGACUACUACAAAUUUAACAGGAGAGGAAUGUUGCCUGUUAGAUGGAUGUCACCCGAAAGCCUGGCUUUGGGAGUUUUCACUCCUGCGUCAGAUGUUUGGGCAUAUGGUGUUCUAUUAUAUGAAAUAGUCACUUUUGGAAGCUUCCCAUUCCAAGGCUACAGCAAUAUUCAAGUCUUGGACUUUGUCAAGGCCGGAAACACUAUAACAAUUCCUAGUGGAGUCAAGGCCCAACUCGAAAGCCUUAUUAAAUCAUGUUGGAAUUCUGAUUACAAAAAAAGGCCACAAGCAUCAGAAAUAGUUGAGUUUUUAGCUAACAAUCCUCGUCUGCUCUCUCCAUGCUUGGACGUUCCUCUUUCAUCAGUUCAAAUCGAAGACACGGGGCAGUUUGAAAUUUCUCUGCCAGAACGUCUCCGGAAAUGUUCAGUACCCCUUAACUUUUUGAAUCGAAAUAUGGGACGGUCUCAGUCAGUCAACGCAGAUUCUUCUCAUUCUCAGGACAACACUCAAACAACGUUGUUGGAUUCAAGUGUGUGUCCCACCGAGCCAUUGCUAGGCACACCAAGGUCAUCUACAGCAGGCAUGGGUUUGAGCAAAUUUGUUACUAUGCAACAAUCUCCUUUACGAGCUUCUCCAGAGCACCCAGAUGAUUACUGCAGCCACGACACAGAAGUUGUGUCAAUUCUCUGACGAUGUGAUGAGGCGGGAUCUCCGCCUCUUCCUAGCUCUCACAGUUGCUGGCCUGUGAAGGCUGCACCAUCUUGCAUACCCUCCUGUAUACCGUCAAGUACAACUGCACCCAUUUGCUUGGGUGAAAGUGAUGCAGAUUAUGAAACAUCACCUCUAUAAUUUAUUGCAUUCUGCUCAAUGAUUUUUAUUUUUAAAUGGGAUUAUUUUAUAACACUAGAGUGAGGCGAUGAAGUCAGCCUACCAGCACAACUCUGGGUUUAGUUCUGCCUCUUUAAAGCUUACCAAAGUCAUUUAAUGAAGACUGAUAUACUCUCUUAGCUUAGACAAAAGGAGUUAUUACCUCUACCAGAAAAUAGUUGCAUCACAUAAACAGACAAGUGAUACAAGUUUCUAUGCCUGAGAAACGGUUUUUGUUUGAUUUACAUUUGCAAGACUGGAACGAAGUAGUUAUGUGAGGCCUUUAUCUCAUUUCAUUUAUGUGGGUUAAAGUACUGAACGUUGUGAACUGUGGUGCCAUCCCAAAAGAAAAUAUGUCCUUGUAUAUGUUCAUAUGUAAGUUUUUAUCUGUUUAUUAUUUAUUAUGGUACAAAUCAUGUGAGAAAAAUGAAACUACUACCGAUAGAUGUGUGUAGUUCACAUUCAGAAAUGGCCAAAGGCACAUGAACAUAUGUUCUCCUUAUUCAUAACUGGUUCAUUUAAAGAGAAAUUUUGUAACAUUUCGUUUUUCAAUCAUUUGACCUCUAAAUCAUUCCUUUAUGAUUUAAUAGUAUUUACAUUGACAUGCGUACUAUUGUCAUUUAGUGUAGUGAUAGUAUUGUGCUUCAAUGUCAUCUGACCCUUAUUUUUAAGAGCAUAAAGUUCCUUCACCUGUCUUCAUCAAAGAUCACCAUUUUCCAACAACAUUUUCAUUCUUUUUUCCCCCCUUCUUUUAAGAUAGGAAAAUGUGUAACUGGUUUACACAUGAAUGCUAAGAUUUGCUCCAAUCACAUGUGUCGGGGUAGAUAUUAAAAAAUUAGUUCAGCCUUAGAAAUUCUGGAUACUGUGUAGUUGUUCCAUUUUAAUAAUUAUUUGUUUGUUCAUUUUGCAUAACAUCACUUUUUCAUGAAAAUAAGAUAAGAUAACAAAAGAUUAAGAAAACCAGUGUUUUAAUCAUAAGGUACUAUCAAGCUCAUGGGGGCUGUGGGCUGUUUUCUGUGAUAAUUAGACGUAACGCCUCAUUGCAGGACAUAGAGACUUCCAUCUACUGUAUAACAAAAUGUGUGUAAAUUUUAAGGUUUGUAAGGAGAUUCUCUACUGUAUGUACAAACUCUUCAAACUGAAGACUUCUCUUUAAGACAAGUUUUGACUUGUAGCCUUUCUUAUUGAAGUAUGGAGCCAAAAAAUAAAUAAUUGUAUUUACAAGUACAGUUCAAUACAGCACUUUAUUGUUUUGAAUGCUGAGACACUCUUUGAAGUGUGAAGUUUACUGGUCAUUCUGGUUACUUACGUGCCAAAACAAAGCCAAAUGCCACUCUUAUUUAAAAAGGAUAGAGAAUGAUGAAAUGGUAACCAUCCCAUGAUAAUAUUUGCAAAAAAUUGUUUUCUAGUGUAUCUUACCUUAAUGUUCAAACAGCAAGCCAGCCAUAUAUUUUAUUAUUUGAAAGAAGUAAUGCAUUUUUGCUGCUGUUAACAAGUGCACAUUAUGUCUGGGCACAAAGUACCAGAGUUCUUGAAAAUUGAAGUAGGGAAUCUCCACAAGUGUGAAUCUAUAAAUUCUGCUUUGCUGGUUUUCCUAGAAUGUACCCCAGCUCAGUGCAGACUCUUCCUAAUGAAUUUUGUUACCUACAGGAGAUUGAAUAUUGAAUGACUGUUGGUUUGAAUGCUAUUGUAAGAGAUACUGUACUCGUCAUCAAUUGAGGUCCAAUCCUGUAGUAUUACAUCCAUCAAAAUGAUGCAAAUUGAUGAUUUUAGACUUUGGUUCAAAAUGUUUUUAUAUUGCCUAUUUAUUUAUAUGACUUUAUUCACUCAUUAAAAUGUAUUUCUAUUGUAAGAAAAUAUCUUGAUUAAAGUAUCCGAGGUAUGUCAAAAAGUCACACUAAUAUCAUUUUGAAGUUAUUGUCAUGAAAUAUUCAUUGAACAAAAUAGUGAAGAGCUCGGUGCUGAUCUCUUUAAAUGCUAGGAACCUUAUUUUGCGGAAUGUGGUGGCUAUUUCAUGCCAGUGACUGCAUUUCAUGGUGAUUUUACUGUGACUAGGCUUACCGUAGCGUUCUUUCUGCCUCCUGCUGCAUCUCAAGUUUAUCUUAAUGCUAUUGGCAUCUUUGUUGAGUCAACAGAUGUUGUAAAUGGAAUUUAUGACCUCAGUUAUUCCAAAUAUUCUUUUGCAUCACUAUUCCCAUGUACCUGACAGUUAGAUUUGUAUAUAUUUCAACUUUUUGUAGCUUCUGCGUUUUAGUUAAGUUGACUUGUGUUGUUCUGGGUAAUAUAUUUGUUAUACACAAAAUAUAGAAAACAAUGAAA